AUGGGGCAGAGACCACAUUGGAGCAUAUCAUUUGUAAAGCCUGGACUGGAACUCGACCAAGACGAUCCUAAUGAUAGCCUAAAUAGGAAGAGGCUGAGACCCAUGAUGCUGUCCAUCCAUAGUGAAUACAGCGACUUGGAGGACGAUGUCGAAGUGAAUGAGCACAAAGAUUCGGUAGGCGAGGAUAGAGAUAGCGAUUCAUACAUGGAUGUCAAAGAGAAUAGCGAGUCAAAUCUGUAUGAGGAUAGUGAUGUUGACAUGGAUGAGGUUGGAGAGGAUUUUGAAGACACUGAUUGUGAAGAUUCAAUAGAUUCGUCACUGUCUUACUCAACUCACUUGCAGCAUAAAACGCGUCAACCAGUUCAGUCAUUAGGCAACUUCAAUAUAUCCAAGACAUAUGAAAAGUACGGUAUUGGCGCAUUAUUGAUGAAAAAAAUGGGAUUUGAAGAAGGGAAAGGUAUCGGCAGUAGACAAUCUGGAAUAAUCGCUCCGUUAAAUGCAAAUCCAAAUAAAGGCCGACUAGGAGUUGGUGCAAAGGAAUCUCUGCCCUCAUGGAAAGAGAAGGGGAGACAGCGACAACAUGACAAUAAGGAUGCGGUUCAGUCACGCAGGUUUAGUGAUAGACAAUCUUCAGAUGAUUUCGACGACUACACCAGGAUGUAUCAGCCUAGCGAGUUUGAGGUGAUUACGUUCAAUAUCUACAGAUUGAUAAUGGAUUUUGGCGAUUUGGGUGUGGAUGUACCCACUCACCUAAGAGAUUGGGCAAUGUCGGUGAGGUCGACCGCUACUGAAGAAGAUAUAGACCGCCUAAAAUAUGAGUAUGGUCAUCUAAAGGAUGUUUGGUAUGACAUAUCUCUGAUUAAUGAAGAAGAAGAAGGGUUGGAUCAAGAGUUGGGGUAUGCUGAUGAUGACGGAUUCAUUGCAGCCCAAUAUGAGAAACUUCUUUUGAUUGCCAAACGGUGUGAAAACCUCCCGUUAAAUGACCUAAAUAAUGUUCAAAUAGAGGACGUCUUGGAACUGUUGUUGCAAUUACCAUUGACAAAUGACAUUGUUGAGUCAAUGGUUGUUACAAUUCUAAAACCAAAGAUAAAUUCAUUGAUUAGUGUUUCUUUGUAUGAUUACGAUAAUCAGAAAGAAACCGUUGUGCCCACACUAAACAAGUAUACAGAGAUUUUGGAUCCUCAAAACGCCGUCCUGUCUGAAUUUUAUGCGUAUUUGUUAGGCUGCUUUAGCUUGAAAUUUGAUCAAUUGUUGAACAAUGACUCCGUUGAUAGUGAGAAUGGGGCUGCCGCUGACGAAAUUUUGACAACAGUAACUUCAAUAUGGUUAGAUUUGAGUAACCCAAAUUUGAAAAACCACGUACUAAAUCAGAUUGUCAGAGCUGUGAUUGUGCCUUAUUUUGAAGAACAAGUACACCAAUGGGAUUUGCUCACAGAUAUUACAUUAUCGGAAAAGUUUUUUGAUCUUUUACAAAUACUUUGUGUCGUUGGAAUUGAUGACAACUUUGUUAUCAGUGAAGCAGUUGAUAAUUUAGUGUCGAAAGUUAAAAACUAUCUCACAUUUGGUGCAGCAUUAUCUGUAUGGUAUAACCUUGGUGAUUCGAAGCAAAUCGACCUGGCUAAAUUGCAGAUAACUCUUAUUAUGCAGCAUUUAGUUCCUGAACUUGAAUCUUUUAGGAAGUCAACGAAGCUGUCAGUCCAGGAUAUUUUUAAAUCGUCAUUUGCUUCAUGGGUGAAAAGCUUAUCAUUUGUUGAUGCAACACCCACUACAUUUGAGAGUAUUCUAUAUCUAUCCACAUUUCUUCCACAAAAAUCAAGGUUCGCCAUCAUGCAGUUCUUAGUGUUCAACAAUUGGAUUGUCAGUAUGAUUAGAAUCUAUCGUGCAGACCCACAAGCAGUACCCACCUGGUAUGCCCGUUGGUAUCAAUAUUUUACUACGAAAUUAAUAGAUGACAAUCCAAAGGAAAUAGAUGACCUUAUUCAUUGGUAUUUGAGCAAAGCGUUGGACUUUAUAAGAUCUGAUUUUGACCCCGUUGUUUGUCAAGAUCUUCCAAAACAUGAGGGAGAACUUUUUCCCAAACCAGCUCAAGUGCUCCAACCGAUUGAAAAGCAAACGGUCAAUGGAAUCCCUGCUCACAGACUUCAAAUAACAUUUCGAGAUGUGGUUCUGGAAUAUUGCAAUAAAAAUAAAAUAGUGAUGAAGAAAUUAAAGCGUGCUGUUCACAAGACAAAAGGGGUACCGAUAUUUAAGUUAACGAAGGGAAGCGCUAUUAGAUAUGGAUAUAUCGAUAAUGAAGUGCUUUGGAUUAGCCAUUCCCAAAACCCAAACAAGGAUGAGCUCUAUGAGCCUAUUUCUUUAGAUACAUUGGUGGAUAAUUUUAAUACCUGCUGGAUAUAA